CCCGUGCUUGCGGCGAUUGGCUUCUUUUUUUUUUUGUCUUUUCUUUUUUUUUUUUCCAUUCGGAAACCAUCAUAAAAUAGGCACUACUACUACUACAACUACUACUACUGAGCAGCCGCUGCAUUCCUUUCUUCUUUUAUAGUUACCUAUACGUACAACUACUACACACCGCACAUACAUAUAUUCAUUUAACGCGUUACGAUAAUAUGUUUAUACCUGUACACCUCGUAUCACGUUAACGUUCCGACCGACCGCGAUAUAUAUACAUAUAUGUGUACAUAUAUGUUACAUAUGUAUGAUACGUGCGUGUAUAUAUUAUAUCAAAGUAUAAAUAUUUUUUUAUGACGAUAAAACCGCGAUUAACUGCACUGAGUCUGUUGCACAUUCACAUUACUGUUAAACGUACAGAAUGUAUAUUGUUGAUUAAUUCCUAACCGAUCGGGCUUCCGCCGAAGAAUCGACUGUGAUCGUAAAAUUAAUACAUAGCAGGUGAGUGUUGUAAUUGAUCAUUUAUUAACAAAAAAAAAAUAAAAAAUUUAAAAAAAUAUACUGUAUGCUACAGAAAAGGAUGUGUUAACGUUCUAUUUUUUCCCCCUAGAUUCCGACAAAAUUACUUGUUACUAGUGUCUACUGUUUUCUUGUUGUUAUACCUCACUUACUAAUAUUAUUACUAUUAUAGUUAAUGAAAUUAUAUUGAUGCCUUUAUCAUUUAAGUUUAUUCUUCUACUAGGACAUAUUGAAUCAUGUUUGUGAGUUAAAACGGCACACACUCUUCACGAUAUGCAGCAAACACAUCCCUUCACAGCAUCCGAAUACGAAUUGCAGCAGCAGCAACCACAGUACCUUGGUAAGCACGAUGCUGCUGUUAAGUAUAUGCAACAACUAGGUCUUCACAAACAGAACAUCAAAGUUGAUUCUGAGGUUAGUAACCCGUCUGUAUAAUUACAUUUUUAUGAUUGGAUUACUCUAUGCGCUCUUUUAAUAAUUUUAGAUAAGGCCUUGCUUAGUUGCUGAACAAGUAAUUAGCGACCAAAAUAGCAGUUGUGGUAGUCCACCCUUAUCCAUUGUUGUCAAUGGUGAUGAUCAACAUAGUACCAGAACUCCUGUAUCCACAUCAACGUCUGUAUCACGAUCUAAACCUCAAGCUUGUCGAAUAUGUGGACGUGUUCUAGCAUCUACUUCAUCUUAUUAUGUUCAUCUCAAAUCACAUUCAAAUAAUAAACCUUACCGUUGUACACAAUGUGAAGCUUGUUUUUGUCGUAAACCAUAUUUAGAAGUAAGUACUUAUUAAUAAUAUAUUAAAGUAAAAACAAAAUUAUUAAAGUGGUUAAUACUCAAAAAUAAAGUAAAUAAAUAUAUAUAUAUAAAAAUAAAAUAAAUGAAAGAAUGAAUGCGUUGCCUGGAGUAUUAUGAUAAGUAUGUUAUACGACCGGUUUCUAAUUAAAAAUUCAUCAUCAGAUAUAUCACAGUCGAAAUGUAAAAAAUUAAAUGCAUAGAAAUACAUAGAUAAUACAUCUAAUAAUACAAUCAUAAUACAUAGAAAAAAAAUAAUACAAAUUGGUUAUUUUACAUAGAAUAUAGAAAUAAUUUAAUAUGAGAGAUUAUUUAAAAUUAGUUUUUAUUAAACAUAGAUAUGUUAAGAAAUAUAAAUAAUUUGGUUAUUAUUUAUAUAUUUAUUUACUUUAAGUAUUUAUUGUUUGAAUACAAUCAAUAUUCAUAUUAAUUUGAAAAAAAAAAAUACGUAUAGUUUAGGUAAUUUAAAAUAAUAUUGUUUGGAUUUAUGAAUAUUUUCAUUACAAUGCUUACUUUAUUUAAAUUAAAAAAUGUAUAUAUUUUUUAGUACCUAUCAAUUGCUUGCCACAAAUAAAAUUAUUUGAUAAAUGUACUUAUAUUAAUUUAAUUGAAAUGAUAAUGUACCUAUUUGUAAUUUAUUUAUUCAUUGAAUAUCUAAACUAAACUAUUUAUUAUAUUAUUGAUUAAUGUUUUGCCAGGUUCAUAUGAGAACUCAUACUGGCGAACGACCUUAUCAAUGUAAUUUGUGCUUAAAAAAGUUCUCUCAAAAGAGUAGCCUCAACAUUCAUAAAAGAGUACAUACAGGCGAGCGUCCUUAUUCAUGUGACAUUUGCAAAAAAACAUUUGCAGUUAAAAGCUACGUUAUUUCUCAUAAGUAUGUUUUUUUAAAUUUAUAUUUGCAUCAUCAUUGUUUUUAUGGCUUUCCAUAAAUUUAUUUUUUUAUUUUUUGAAAUAAAAUUAGAUGGAGUCACAUGACUGAAAAACCGUUUGUAUGUGAACAAUGUCAGCUAUCAUUUAAUUCUAAGAUCCAGUUUGUAACACACCUUAGAUCUCAUGACUUGGGGCCAGCUCAUUGUUGUCAAUUUUGUGGUAAAGCAUUUGUAAAAGGAUGCUUUUUAGUCAGACACGUCAAUAAAGUCCACCGAUUCAAUGUAGCUGCAGCAGCAGCAGCAGCAGCAGCUACUGAUCAUGAGCCAGUACAUAGUUCCUAUAUGCAAUCAGACACCAACUAUUCUAGCAUAAGGUAUUAACUAUUAAUCCAUGAUAACUUGAGAGAAACAAAAUUUAGUCAAGAAUGAUCGUACAUAUUUCUUAAAUAAUAAAAAAUAUUUUUUUUAUUAUUUUCUUCAGUCCUCAAUUCCCUAUGGGUCAUAAAUAACUAAGUAAUUAAAAUAAGAUAUUAAAAAAUUAAAAAGUUAUAAUAAUAAUAUUUAAAAAAAAAAAAUAGAUUGUAGAUUAAAACACAUUAUUUUAUGAACAUUUAAAAACAUGUAUUACAAUUAUAUUUUGCACUUCACGUUAGAUUUAUUUUUAAAAAUAAUAAUUGUAUUGAUUUUUUAUAUUAUUAAAUUAAAAUGACCUUUCAAAUUUAAACUUUCCUUAAAAUAGUUUUACCUUAUAUAUUUCCUUCCAUGACUGCUACUGAUCUUGCCAUGCUUACAAAUAAAGUCAAAAUUGCUAUAGUAGUCUUAAUAAUUUAUACCUUUUGCAUUUUUAAUCUUAUCAAAAAUCAUUUCACUUAAAAUGUUAUUAAUUUAAAUAAGAUUACAGAGCUGCCACUUGUGCACUAUUAUUAACUUUUUUUAUGAAUUCUUCACUAUCUGGCAUUAUUUUAACAAAGUGUUCACCUUAUUAUACACGAAAAAUAAUUAACUCCUAAACAUUUUAUUGUAUAAUAAUUAUAAUUAUUAUCUAUUUUUGUUACUUUUCUUAGAAAGGAGGAAAGAAUUACUUCAAUUUUAAUCUUAUUAUUCAAACACAAAAAGCGCAAUUUGUUCCUUUAAUUUUAUCAUUCAUGAAAUAAGCAUAUUCCUCAUAAACCAUAUACCGGGUUUUUCAAUAAUUAUUAUUACAGAAUAUCAAAAUGGCAAAUGCAUAUUUUUAUUUUAUAACAUUAUUUGAUUGUAUUAAGUGAUUUUAAGUGAUAACUUUUGUGACAGACUAGACUUUUUUUUAAUAUUUAUUUUAAAUGAUAAUCAUAAAAUGAAACCUAGAAGAAAUGUGGAUGUAGUACACUCAAGGAACUUAAUUUUGUAGUGUUAUUAACACUUUCAUUGUUUAAUAUUUAAGUGUUAUUUUAUAUUUUUAAAAAAAAUGUAAUAUGAUAUAUUAAAAUUAAAUAAUUUAAAAACAAAUAAUUUUAACUUUAAAAUAUAAUUUAUUAUUUCAAAAAAAUAUAAUGUUUACUAUUUAUUCACUUUUUUAAACAAUCUCUUCACUAUAAUCACUUUUAACAGCCUUAUAAUUAAGUGGCAGCCCUGAGAUUAUAAAUGAAACAUUAAUAAGAAAAACAUGUUUUCGAAAAUUGCGUUUUUUUUCAUAUAAAUAUUCUAAAAAAAAAAAUAGUUCUAUUGUUUUGAAAAAGGUGAAUUGAAUUUUUUUUUUUUAAUUUUUGGUCCUACUAUUUAAUAAUAAAAAAUAGAUUUAAGCAUCUUAUAUAUAUAUAUAAUAUUUAUGCCUUAUUAAAAUAAGUAUUAUAUAGUUAUUUUUUACCGGAAUAUUAUUAUAAUGAUAAAUUGGUAUAGAAUGUGUAUUAAAUAAAAUUAAAAUAUUUAAUACAGUUAAAGUUAUAAUGGAUUGUGAAAAUGGUUUGCUUAAAUUUUUAAAUAUAUCUUUCUAAUAAAAAAAAAAAAAAAAAGUUCUUACCAAACGUAUUAUUACACUAAUAAGCAUUGUAAAUAUUGUAUGAUAGUUCAAAACGUUUUUAGAUUUGAUCCUCGUGAAAUCAGCAUAUUGCCAACUACCAAAAAUGGGCCUCGCUUUUUGGGGCCUCCGCCGCAUAGUACAGAUGGUCCAACACCAUUAACCCACCUUACGCCCAUGAUGCUGGGUCCACCGCAAAACACACGAGCAUAAACCUAUUUCUUCUGUAUUAAAUGAGUAGGUAUUUCUGAAGAAUUAGAAAAUUUGUAUAGUCUUGUUUUAUUGUAGAUAAUAUGCGUUUGAUAUCCUAGUAUUAAACUAAAACGUCAUUAUUAUCAAACAAAUUAAUAUUAUUGACAUCAUCACUAUAUCUUUGAUACUUUUUUGAUUUAACCCGUUUUAAAAAAAUCUGAAUUUAUGAUUUAUACAAUUGACGUGGUUUUGACGAUCAAAUAGGGUAUAAUGUAUUUAGAUUAUUUUAGAAUAUUUUUAAUCUAACUUUAAAAAAAAUUAUUGUUUUCAUAAAUUAAUAACAUAUAAUAAUAUACAUAUAAUAAUUAUUGUAGUUUAAAAAUUGGAAUAUAUAUAUAUUUUAAAAAAAUAACUUAGUGUGAUGAUGUUAAUAUAAAAAAAUGUUUAUGUCUAGUUUUAAAAUAAUUUAGGCAUUAAUUUGCAUUAAAGAUAAAUCCUGUCAAUUUAUAUUGACUAUGUAUUUUUACUGUAAUUAUUUACUUUAAUUUGUUGAAACCCCUAAGUUCUUUAGCGAUUGAUUUUCAUUUUGCAAUACUGAGGUUCAUUUUGAAGACCAAGUAUAUAUUCCUAAAACUAUUCUUGCCGUUGCCUACAAAGGCUUUUUCUUGUACAAAUUUAUGCCAUAAUUGUACAAACUAAGAAAACAUCACUUUUAAAUACUAAAAAACUAACUAAUUUAUUCAUGAUUAUAACAAUUCAUAGUUAUUUCUUUUUUUAACAUUAUGUAUAUUUUUGUAUUUAUUUUAUUUGAUAUUAGGAUGAGAAAAUGUACUCAUGUUGCACAAGAUUAGACACUAGAUCAAUGAUUAUAAUUACUAUUGAACAAACUCAACACAGAUUAGAUUUAUUUUUGUAUAUUAUUAAAAUUGUAAUUUUAUUAAUUAUUUCACUUAUUUAUUAUAUAACUAUUAAAGUAUUAAUAGGGCAAACACAAUAAAUAAUGAUUAAUAUAUUAAAAACAAAAAGAGAUUAAUUUAUAAUAUUUUAAGUUUAAACAAUUUUUCUAGGUUCCUAAUUUUUUAUCAUAAUACUUUUAAAGUAUAUUUAAAUGUAGUUAUAAAAAAGUAACUAUUUUUAAAUGUUUGUAGGAUUCAAAUUGAAAAUUAUUGGCAAUAACACAUCAAGAAUAGGAAACAUAAAUAUUUUUUACUGAUUUAAAAAAGUGAUAGUUUGAAUAAGUGUGCACUUAAAAAACUUGUUUUGUAAAUUGCCUUGUAAAUUGUAUGCAAAAUUACUAUUAUUUAUCUGUUUAAAUGUAUAUAAAAUGAAAAAUUAGUCUUGUGCGGUUUUAUCUAUAUAUAAUAUGGAUAUGUUAUAUAUCAGGCCACAUAAAUAGAACAAUAUUUCGGGAGAGGUUUAUAAGUUAACACUUUUUAACUAUAUAACUAAUAUAUUAUAAUGUGUUUUUCAAAUUUCAGUGGAAGUUAGGGUUAAACCUUUAUAUUCUCCCCUAUAUGUGUGCCUGGUGUAUAGUUUAUAUAAAUAAAUAAUUUGUGACAGACUUUUGACUGUUAUUUUAUUAGUUUAUAGAUAGUAUUGUUUUUGAGAGCCAGAGAUAUCAAGUGAGAGGAAUUGGCCAUUUUUUUUUUCUUUGUGAAUUUACAAUUAUCUUUGAUAACCCUAGAUUUAUUCUAAUACGGUUUUUCUUUUUGCUAAUCUUGAUGCAUGGUUUUAGGGUGACAAACUGAUUGAUUAUGUAUUUAAUAAUCAGAAAUUGCCAAUUGUUUUUAUAUGUAUAUAUAAUAUAACUCAUUAAGUUAAUUUACUAAAUCAUGUCUGGUGUUUGUGUAAAAUGUAAAAAAAAAACACAAUUAUAAAUAUAUUUUUGUUGUUUUUCAUAUCAUAAUUUUAAAUUAGUCCUGUUUAUUUUAUUUUUAAUGCUGUCAUUAAGAAUGUAAAUAAUUUAUUCUUUAAAUUAUAGACUUGUAUAUUUUUCAUAUAUAUAAAGGUUAAACAGUGCUACCAGUUUUUAGUUCCUCGGAGUUAAUUUUUGUUUUGAUUUUUUAAGAUUGUGUUGUAUAAAAAUGAUUUAUAUAAAGUAAAGUUUUAAAUUUUGUAUACUUAAACGUACAAGAAAAUAAUAAUAUAAACUUAGCAUAUUUUUGGUACAUUGGUCAUUUUUUUUUUUUUUUUUAAUAAUACUAUUUGUCAGUAAUGUAGUAAGUAAGACAACGAUUAUUAAUAUUACGCCUACAUUAUGAACAAAUUUUUUAAACUAUGUUUUAAUAACUUGUAUUAUACAAUUAGUUUAAGAAUCGAAUCUAAUAUUUCUUACUUUUGUAAAAAUUAACUUUCUUUUUAAUCAUUAUACAUAAUAUAUAUGUAUUAUAUAUAUUCACACACUCACAUAUAUAUAUUAUACAAUAUUAUGUGGCUCGUAUAUAUAUUAUUGAAUUAUUAUUAUUAGAUUGUUCCAAAACAAACAAUAUUGUUACCCAACGUUUAAUGUUAUUUCAAAAUUUAGCUUUAUUGCAUUGAAUUUAGUAUGUACUAUGUAUGUAUGUAUGUAUGGGCAGUAAACUGACUGAUACUCGAAAAGUCGUUAUUAUAUUGUUUACACUCGGAACAUUGUACAACAGAAAAUAAAUUAUAUUAUCUUAAUAAAAUCAAUAUAAAGUGAAAAAAUUAAAAAAAUAUAAUAAUAAACACAUAAAAUAAUUAUUUUUUGCUGUUUGCUUUUGAGUCAGACUUGUCAUUUGUUGUAUGUUCCGUAUUCAUUUGGUCGAACUCUUAAAACAACCGGAACACUGGUACAUGGUAAUAUAGCAAUUUCUGUGACUACAGCGGUUAUUAGAUCUGGAGUGGUCACGUCAUAUCGAAGACAUAAUGGAGUCAAAUAACGAUUAUUCAACCACUGUUCUUUGGGCAUAACUUCAUGAGCGUUACCUACAAUAAAGAUUAAUUAAAGUCAAUCUGAUCUCACAGUGCUGCUCUUGUGUACAUAAUAUAUUCAAACCUAGUUCAUUGUAAACAAUCGAAUCAGUUUGCACACGUUCAGUAAACUUAUAUGUUUCACAGCACACCAAUACAGGUACGUUAAAAUGUUUAGCAACCAAUGCUAUUUGAGAACUUCCGGCUCGACCCAUUACGUAGCCAUUGGCUAACAAAGCAUGUGCACCUAGCAGUACCUUUGUCGCCCUGGUCAUGAUGAAACUAGUGGCUGAAAGGAGCACAUAAGUACACUUUACAUCAUUCUGCACAAGACGGUGAAGCAUUUGUCGGCCUUCAUACCAUGGUGCAGAGUCAACAAUGAUAACACUGAACUGUUUGUUAUUGUAGUAGGCUUCUGUUAAUAUCCGUUCAACCAGUGAAGAACUAA